UUUUUUUCCCCCACAGCUCCCCGGCUGCGCAUGCGCGGCGGCUGAGGCGAAGGAGGCGGCGUCGUCCAUGGCGGGCUGCGGCGAGGCCUGUGCGGCCUGGCGGGUGCUCCGGGCGGCGGUGCUGGUGUUGCUGCUUCCGCCAGGCCGCGGGGUGCUGGGGCUCUACUUCCACAUCGGCGAGACCGAGAAGCGGUGCUUCAUCGAGGAGAUACCGGACGAGACCAUGGUCAUUGGCAACUACCGGACGCAGCUAUGGGACAAGCAGGCCGAGGCCUUCCUGCCCUCGACGCCCGGCUUGGGCAUGUUCGUGGAGGUCAAGGACCCGGAUGGGAAGGUGGUCCUCUCGCGGCAGUAUGGCUCGGAGGGGCGCUUCACCUUCACCUCCCACACGCCUGGGGAGCACCAGCUCUGCCUCCACUCCAACUCCACGCGGCUGGCCCUCUUCGCAGGCGGCACUCUGCGCGUCCACCUAGAUCUGCAGGUCGGGGAGCACGCCAACAACUACCCGGAGAUUGCGGCUAAGGACAAGUUGACGGAGCUGCAGCUGAGGGCCAGGCAGCUCCUGGACCAAGUGGAGCAGAUCCAGAAGGAGCAGAACUACCAAAGGUACCGGGAGGAGCGUUUCCGCAUGACCAGCGAGAGCACCAACCAGCGGGUGCUGUGGUGGUCCAUCGCCCAGACGGUCAUCCUCAUCCUGACGGGCAUCUGGCAGAUGAGGCACCUCAAGAGCUUCUUCGAGGCCAAGAAGUUGGUUUAGGUCCUCAGGCGGUACACAGCCCCUCCAUCUCUGGCUACUAUGGCACGCGUCGUCAUUCUUCCGGACUUCCUAGAGCACUGGACUGAGAUGGAGGGCCAAGACAGACUGCCCUUGGCUGAGCCACACUUGCCCCCUUUGCAAAGCCCACCACUCGCCCCUGGCUGCCCUUUUCAGGCCUGGACCCGGGCUCAGGAAGCUGAAAUCCAGGGAAAGCAGGACAACGGAAGGAGGAGGCUUCUCUCUUGGGCGUGUAGAGGCCUCUCUUCUCCCUUUGCACUGUCGCCCGAUGGCUGAGAUGACCCCGAGUGCCCCUCUCCUGCAGGCUUUGUGUGACUGUGCUUCCAAAUGGGACAAAGUGCAACAUUUGUGCAACGUUUGGGAGGGUAGCAUAGGGCACAGUGCAUUUGUGGACAUCCUUGUCUUUGCAGGGGUCGCAUAUCUCUUUAAGAGAAGAGGAACAACUCUCCGCACCAGUGACUAGGCCACCCUCACCAUUUAAGAAUCAAUAGGAGACCGUUGCAGAGUCUUACUAUUUUGUUCUCCUCCUGAUGCUGUCUGGUUCACCCAGUAGCUCUUGCGCUCCUUGGGGCUCAGAGGGUCAGGAAGAAAGGAUUGGGGCCCCUCCUGUUUCUGCUUGGAUUGGGCCAGAGCUGGACCUUGACACCCUGAAAUGGGGGAGAGGGAGCGCUCGAGUCUUGUUCCUUCCUGUCUCCGUCUCCCACCGCUUUGGUCCCAGUUCAGUAGGGUACGUUCUUACUAGUGUCCCUUGCUACGGUUUUUGGAGUGAAAUAAACGUUUUUCUGCAAA